GCGUCGCAGGUCAGCAUCUUCUGAUUUUGCUCAACCUCAUCGCCAAACAGGCGUCGAACAGUUGGCCUUGAAAAGAGAAGGAUGGAAGUGUUCAAGACCAUUUCUUCACUGGCCGCCAGCCAUCCCGUCGCAUUUGCUUUGUGGUCAUUGAUGUCUGCAUUUGCCUUUCAAGUCCUCCAACGAGGUUACCGACACCGCCGGUUUUACCGGAAUCUGCCUGGACCACCACACAGCGCUCUAUGGGGUCAUCUAAAGGUUUUGGGCGAGGUCUCUGCGACGAUUCCCCAAAACUCGCACCCUCAGGCAUACUACACGGAAAUUGCCAGAAAGUAUAACCUCAAAGGCAUAUUUUACCUCGACUUGUGGCCAAUUGCGGACUCAAGCGUUGUCUUGACAGAUCCAAUGCUUAUGGAAGAGGUCACAGUGCGGAACCCUCUCCCGCAGCACACAAUGUCUGAAGCUUUUCUGUCCCCAAUCAUUGGCCCCAAUGUUAUCGCAACUGUCAAUGGCCCCAUUUGGAAGAGACUGCACAAUGCCAUGGCUCCAGCAUUCUCAUGGUCUCACAUACGCACUCUAACUGCCGUCAUGGUUGAUGAGUGCGCCUUGUACCGUGCCGCCCUUGCGAAAUAUGCCAAAUCUGGAGAAGUCUUCUCCGUCGAAGAGCUGUCCGCAAGGCUCAUCUUUGACGUCAUUGGUCGUGUUGUCUUCAACUUUCGUCUUCAUGCUCAGACAGCCGACAGCCCGUACUUAAAUGACCUUAGGGAAUUAGUUGACCUCGCCCACAACCAAACAGAUCUGGUUGCAAGCUACAACCCCAUCGCACGAGUGGCAAAGUGGUGGAAGAAACGCAAGGUCCUGGGCAGACUUCAUCCUUUGAUCCUCGGCAAAAUUAAGGACAGGUUAAACUUAUUGUUGAACGAGGGAAUUACGCCAUCUAGAAAGGACCCGAGCAGCAUUCUAGAUCUGAUGCUCCGAGAACAUAUACUGCAAUCCGAAUCGAGCAGCGGAGCCAAAACGACAAAGCAAAUAACUCUAUCAUACACGGAUACCCAAUUGCUUCUGACUAACAUUAAGGGAUUGCUUCUUGGUGGUCAUGGUACUACCACUGACAGCUUAUGCUACAUUUUCAUGCUCCUGUCGCACGCUCCAACAGCGCUUAAAAAAAUGCGACAAGAGCAUGAUGACGUCUUCGGCAAAGACUUUGAUGGUACUGUAAAAUCGCUACUGGACGCGCCAGCAAAGCUUCAAGAUCUUCCAUACACAGACGCUAUCAUCAAGGAGUCCCUCCGCUUAUUCCCAGUGGGCUUCACAGUCAGGGAGGCGGAUGCCGGUGCCAAGCUUACCGUUCAAGGUAGGAGUUAUCCAAUCGAUAAGCAUCAGGGCAUUGUCUUGAACGGCCACGACCCCCACUAUAACUCAGACUUCUUCCCGAAUCAUACCGAGUUUCGCCCUGAACGUUGGCUAGAUUCAGAAGAAGGAGUUCCACGGUCGUAUUUCAGGACUUUUGGUCGUGGGCCCCGCGCAUGUCUGGGACAGAACCUCGCCAUGAAUGAGCUCAAGGUCAUUUUACUAAUGGUUGUACGUGAUUUUGAGUUUGAGUGUGCUGGCCUCGAGCCAAAUGCAAAACCGAAGACAUCGUAUACAAACCUUGACACAGUUUUUGGGGACAUCAUCUUCCAGGAAUUGGGAAUAGAGGCAAGGCCGAGAGGGGGGAUGAUGAUGACAGUCAAGAGGAAUGAUUGAUAUUAAUUUAACCCCAAGCCUAGUCGAUCCUGCUAAUAGUCAGAUCACUGGGUGUAUUAGGGCGCCUUUUAGCCUUGGUUAUGCCCUAAAGAAUUGUCCCGCACUUCGUCGAAAUAAUGAUGUCCGCUCCAGUUAGAACACUUUUCUUUUCUAUACUCUAUCCUCUUUGGUAUUCUUGCCUUUUACUGAAUAGAAAGGAACCCCAAAGCAGCCAAUCGCUGUU